UGCUGUCCCGUCCAAUCAUAUCGCUCCACUGCUGUAUAAAAGCAGCGGGCCCAAAGGGAGUGGACAUGAUCGAGCCAUGGCUUUCCUGUGGAUCCUCUCCUGCCUCGCCUUCGUCGGCGCCGCCUACGGUUGCGGCUCACCUGCCAUCACUCCCGUCAUCACCGGUUACGCCCGCAUUGUGAACGGUGAGGAGGCUGUGCCUCACUCCUGGCCCUGGCAGGUGUCUCUUCAGGACUACACUGGCUUCCACUUCUGCGGAGGCUCUCUCAUCAACGAGAACUGGGUGGUGACGGCUGCUCACUGCACUAUCAGGACCAGCGACCGCGUGGUCCUCGGAGAGCAUGACCGCUCCUCCAACGCAGAGAGCAUCCAGGUGAUUUCUCCCGGCAAGGUGUUCAGACACCCCCAGUACAACAGCUUCACCAUCAAUAACGACAUCACCCUGAUCAAGCUGUCCAGCCCCGCCCAGCUCAACAUGCGGGUUUCCCCCGUGUGCCUGGCUGAGUCCUCCGAUAACUUCCCUGGAGGCAUGAUGUGUGUGACCUCUGGCUGGGGUCUGACCCGCUACAACGCCCCCGACACCCCCGCUCUGCUGCAGCAGGCCGCUCUGCCCCUCCUCACCAAUGCUAACUGCAGCAAUUACUGGGGCAGCAACAUCACCGACCUGAUGAUCUGCGCCGGAGCGGCCGGAGCCUCCUCCUGCAUGGGUGACUCUGGAGGUCCUCUGGUCUGUGAGAAGAGCGGAGCCUGGACUCUGGUGGGUAUCGUGUCGUGGGGCAGCAGCACCUGCAGCACCAGCACUCCGGCUGUCUACGCCCGCGUCACCGAGCUGCGCGCCUGGGUCGACCAGACCAUCGCUGCCAACUGAGCAUGCUCAGCGGUCGGCCUCCGCUUCUAGCCUGAUCUUCAAUAAAACACAGAAACUGACCAAA